AUGUUCUCCCGUGAGAAUGGUCAAGUCAGCGGUGUCCUAUGCGAUUGGGAUCUGGCUGUGCACAAACCUUCCGGCGAUUCCUACGAGGAAGAUCUCAAAGUAUACCUGAAGGAGGUUAACUUGCAGAAACCGGCCGAAAAUUGCGGAAAUACAUCUGAUGUCGAGAUUCUCGAUGAUGACAAUGACGGCUACGAGGCCUCCGAAACCAAAGUGGAUGUUGAUAUACAGCUGCAGAUUCCAGUGGGAACAACUCCAUUCAUGGCUAUCGAACUACUGUCGGAAACCUCAUCGGCGCCUCGACACCGGUACCGGUAUGAUCUAGAAUCCUUUUUCUGGGUCCUAGUCUGGUUUUGCACCGGAUUUGAUCCAGAGACCAACAAGUGUGGUGACAUCGGGGAAUGGGAGAGCCCCAAGCGCCAGUCCAUCCGCAUCUCCAAGACCCAGCUCUUGCAAUCCAGUGAUAAAUUCGACGCUGUGUGCAGAUACGCUCACCCACUCUACAAGCAACUCAUUCAUGGGUGGGUAUCCAAUCUUCGUGAUUAUUUUGCUAACUUGGUAUCGUACACACCGGAAAUUUGGAAUUUGCGUGCUGAGCUUCACAGCGCCACCGUGUGGGACGGGGUUGACGAAAUCGAUUCGUUCGUCCGAAGUCUUGAGACCACGCUAGAGGCGAGAGAGGCGAGCAUCACGUACAGUGGCUUUAUGCAGCAUCUGGGAGUAACGGAAUGA